AGGGACAGGGCAGCCAGCCCGGGCUCUCUGAUAGGAGCGGGCCCAGGCCAGCCAGCCCAAGCUCGACCCCCUCUUCCUGAAACCCCGCCUUCCUGCUUUCGGCGGCGGUUGCUGCUGCUCCUGCGGCCGUCGCCGCUGCCGACUCGGUGGUAGGAAAUAGUCGCGGGCAGAAGCUCGACGUGUCCGGAAAGGGGCGCGCGGCUUGGCUACCCCACCGGCAGCCACCUCCGCCUGGGUCCCGCCCCCUCGCGAGCCAUGCUUGACCCGUCCUCCAGCGAGGAAGAGUCCGAGGAGGUGCUGGAGGAAGAGAGGCGGGAUGGGCCGACGACGGCGCCCGGCAGCGGCAGCAACAGCUCUCAGCGCUCCUUCCCGGCCGCUCCCCGAGAGCCUGGGCGGCCAGGAGGGAGCGCGGCGGCGGCGGCGGCGGCGGCAGCCAGACCGGUCAGCCCCAGCCCUUCGGUGCGCAGUGAAGGCAGGGAAGAGCAGGAGCGGCUGCAGAAGGAGGAGAAGGAGCGGCGGCUCCGACUGCAGCUGUACGUCUUCAUCGUGAGGUGCAUCGCCUACCCGUUCAACGCCAAGCAGCCGACGGACAUGGCCCGGAGGCAGCAGAAGCUGAACAAGCAACAGCUACAUGUUGUGAAGGACCGCUUCUUGGCCUUUCUAAAUGGAGAGACACAAAUUGUGGCUGAUGAAGCAUUCUGCAAUGCAGUUCGAAGUUACUAUGAGGUUUUUCUCAAGAGUGAUCGAGUUGCCAGAAUGGUCCACAGUGGAGGGUGCUCAGCAAAUGACUUCAGAGAUGUUUUUAAGAAGAACAUAGAAAAAAGGGUCCGAAGUUUGCCUGAAAUAGAUGGAUUAAGCAAAGAGACUGUCCUGAGUUCUUGGAUAGCUAAAUUUGAUGCCAUUUAUAGAGGAGAGGAGGACUUGUACAAACAGCCCAAUAGAAUGGCCCUAAGUGCUGUGUCAGAACUUAUUCUGAGCAAAGAACAACUUUAUGAAAUGUUUCAACAGAUCCUAGGGAUUAAGAAGUUGGAGCACCAACUAAUCUACAAUGCCUGCCAAUUGGACAACGCAGAUGAGCAAGCAGCCCAGAUCAGACGUGAACUUGAUGGGCGCCUGCAAAUGGCUGAUCAAAUGGCAAAAGAAAGAAAAUUUCCAAAGUUUAUAUCCAAAGAAAUGGAACACAUGUAUAUAGAAGAAUUGCGUUCUUCAGUGAAUUUGCUGAUGGCAAAUUUGGAAAGUCUUCCAGUGUCUAAAGGUGGACCAGAAUUUAAACUACAGAAGUUAAAGCGAUCACAAAACUCAGCGUUCUUGGACAUAGGAGAUGAAAAUGAGGUUCAGCUGUCAAAAUCUGAUGUGGUGCUGUCAUUCACUUUGGAGAUUGUUAUAAUGGAGGUUCAAGGCUUAAAGUCACUGGCUCCCAACCGCAUUGUUUACUGCACAAUGGAAGUAGAGGGAGGAGAGAAACUCCAGACAGACCAAGCUGAAGCAUCAAGACCACAAUGGGGAACUCAAGGUGAUUUUACCACAACUCAUCCUCGACCCAUAGUCAAAGUGAAACUAUUUACUGAGAGCACUGGUGUCCUUGCGCUUGAAGAUAAGGAGCUAGGAAGGGUGGUGGUGUACCCAACAUCCAAUAGCUCAAAGUCACCUGAGCUGCAUAAAAUGAUAGUCCCAAAGAAUAGUCAGGACUCAGAUUUGAGGAUAAAGCUUGCUGUGAGGAUGGAUAAACCAGCACACAUGAAGCAUUGUGGGUAUUUGUAUGCCCUUGGUCAGAAGGUCUGGAAACGAUGGAAAAAGCGCUACUUCGUUCUUGUGCAGGUUAGCCAGUAUACAUUUGCUAUGUGCAGUUACAGAGAGAAGAAAUCUGAACCUCAGGAACUAAUGCAGCUUGAAGGAUAUACUGUGGACUAUACAGGACCCCAUCCAGGUCUCCAAGGUGGUCAGAUGUUCUUCAAUGCAGUAAAAGAAGGUGACACAGUGAUAUUUGCCAGCGAUGAUGAGCAAGACAGAAUCUUAUGGGUUCAAGCGAUGUAUAGGGCAACAGGACAGUCUUAUAAGCCUAUUCCUGCAAGUCAAGCACAGAAAAUUAGUCUAAAAGGAAGCAAUACCCACACUGAUACAUCUCAGAAUGCUGAUCGUGCUCAGAAACAUGGCAUGGAUGAGUUUAUUUCUGCUAAUCCUUGCAAGUUUGACCAUGCUUCACUCUUUAGAGUACUUCAGAGGCAGACCUUGGAUCACCGAUUGAAUGAUUCCUAUUCUUGUUUGGGUUGGUUUAGCCCAGGCCAAGUCUUCGUGUUAGAUGAAUAUUGUGCUCGUUACGGCGUGAGAGGUUGUCACCGUCAUCUAUGCUACCUGAAUGAAUUGAUGGAGCACUCAGAGAAUGGCGCUGUCAUUGACCCAACCUUGCUCCAUUACAGUUUUGCCUUUUGUGCUUCUCAUGUUCAUGGCAACAGGCCUGAUGGAAUUGGAACUGUGACAGCUGAAGAGAAAGAAAGGUUUGAAGAUAUUAAGGAAAGGCUUUCUUCCCUCUUAGAAAACCAGAUAAGCCACUUCAGGUACUGCUUUCCUUUUGGACGUCCCGAAGGAGCCUUAAAAGCUACACUUUCAUUACUUGAAAGGGUCUUAAUGAAAGACAUUGCCACUCCCAUACCAGCAGAAGAAGUGAAGAAAGUAGUUAGAAAAUGUCUGGAGAAAGCAGCCUUGAUCAAUUACACUCGACUUACAGAUUAUGCCAAAAUAGAAGCCACAAACAGAAAGGAUCCAGAGACGUUGAAUCAAGCUUCUCUAUCUGUAAAGCUGGAAGAGGUUAUUCAUUUAGCAGAACUCUGCAUUGAAGUCCUGCAGCAGAAUGAGGAGCACCAUUCAGAGGCAAAAGAGGCAUUUGCUUGGUGGCCAGAUUUGCUGGCUGAACACGGAGAAAAGUUUUGGUCCCUUUUUACUGUUGACAUGGAUGCCGCACUGGAAGCACAGCCACAAGACUCCUGGGAUAGUUUCCCUCUUUUCCAGUUGCUAAAUAACUUCCUGAGAAAUGAUCCACUUUUGUGCAAUGGAAAGUUUCACAAGCACUUGCAAGAGGUUUUUGUUCCCUUGGUCAUCCGCUACAUUGAUCUCAUGGAAUCAUCCAUUGCCCAGUCUCUUCACCGAGGUCUUGAACAAGAGUCAUGGCAGCCUGUCAAGACCAUCACCAACAGUCUUCCCAAUGUAGCUCUUCCAAAAGUUCCAAGUUUGCCUCUUAAUCUUCCCCAGAUACCUAGUUUUGCUACACCGACCUGGAUGGCUUCUUUAUAUGACUCCACUAAUGGAUCAGGAACAUCAGAAGAUCUCUUCUGGAAACUUGAUGCAUUGCAGAUGUUUGUCUUCGAUCUUCAUUGGCCAGAACCAGAAUUUGCCCACCACUUAGAACAGAGACUUAAACUCAUGGCCAGUGAUAUGAUAGAAGCCUGCAUCAAAAGAACAAGAAUUGCUUUUGAACUCAAACUGCAGAAGGCAAGCAAAUCAACAGAUUUGCGUAUUCCUUCUUCUAUGUGCACUAUGUUCAAUGUACUGGUUGAUGCCAAGAAACAAACAGCUAAACUCUGUGUUCUGGAUGGUGGGCAGGAGUUUGCUAAUCAGUGGCAGCAAUACCAUUCAAAAAUAGACGACUUGAUUGAUGAAACCGUGAAGGAAGUAAUUUCACUUCUUGUUUCAAAGUUUGCUACAGUGCUGGAAGGUGUACUGUCUAAAUUAUCAAGGUAUGAUGAAGGCACUUUCUUCUCAUCAAUACUUUCAUUCACUGUGAAAGCGGCUGCAAAAUAUGUUGAUGUUCCUACUGCAGACCACAACUGUAAACCAGGAAUGGACCUAGCUGACACUUACAUCAUGUUUGUUCGUCAGAAUCAAGAUAUACUUCGCGAUAAGGUCAAUGAAGAAAUGUACAUUGAAAAAUUGUUCGAUCAAUGGUACAGCAGCUCCAUGAAAGUCAUAUGUGUGUGGCUGGCUGAUAGAUUAGAUCUCCAGCUUCAUAUCUACCAGCUGAAGACUCUCAUCAAGAUAGUGAAGAAAACCUAUCGAGACUUUAGGCUACAAGGUGUACUGGAGGGAACUCUGAACAGUAAAACAUACGAGACUAUCCACAGCCGUCUUACAGUAGAAGAAGCUACAGUCUCUGUGUCCAAUGGGGGUGGACUUCAAGGCAUCACUAUGAAGGACAGUGAUGAAGAAGAAGGCUGAUAUUCUGUGUCUCUCACAUACUGUUUUGCUUUAUAACUUGUCCUCACAUUUGUCUCUAUGGUUUUUGCCUUAAUGCCGGAGUAGUACCAUGUAAAUUCGUCCCACUCCAAAGAAAGACUAAAGUGGGCUCUGCAAGAGGGAUGAAGAAAUGGGAGUGGAGAGGGGUGCCCAGGAUAUUCUGGACCUGGUGGGGUUUCUUUUUUCCCAUAUUCUUUUUUCUGUGUAGCUUUGCUUCGCACUAUGAGAAUGCCAGCACAGAGUCUGAGCUCCAUUCGUGCUUUGUUCCUUUUUGUUUGUAGCGUCACAGUCUCUUCCUGUAACUUCCUGAAGAAUAGGCAUGCCCUGUGCAGAAUGCAAACUAUGUGCAUCACACACAGCCAGACAGGCACUCAUUCUUGCAAAUCUUCAGUUCCAUUGUUAAAGUCAAAUCCUGUGUCAUUUGCAAGGAUUGCAGCCCUACCUGUACUAUCCAUAGUUUGUUGCUAUUGGGCUUGGGGUGCAUUUUUCCUCCUUCGUUUAUUAGCUGAAGUGCAUCAAAAAUCUUACCUUUGGUUCCUAGUGUUUUGAUUUUGUUUUGUAUGAAGGCAGGAUUGCAAAAACUGCCAAAAACCCAUGAAAUAAUGCUACAUUUUCAUCCUUGUUGCAAAUUUAAACAUGCUGUCAUCCUGUUAAAUGUUAGGAAGCUUGCCUUCAGUAUUUCUAUGUCUCUGUGAAAACAUGCAGGCAAUAAGAACCCCUUACCUAUUUUUGUCACAACCACCUCUGUAUCUAUCCCACAUUUGUAUAAAGUUCUCAAAUUAAAAGAUGUUUGCAAUAUAUGAAAGCAUGUGAUGUCCUUUGGGGGGGGUAUCU